AGUUUCUUAACCUUCAAAAUUUUGCUGGACUUUUGGCAAACAAAAUAUUUUUGUACACAUUUUGAAUAAAUUACAAGGACUAAUUAAAAAUGAUUGAAUGUUCAAUGCUUAAUUUUUAAUCCACGGUUUAAAAAGAUUAGAAGAAAUUAAUCACCUCUAAAGUUGUACAAUGGUUUGAAUAGAAAAUUAAUUGUGUAGAAUAAGUGAAUAUUUUUUUUCCUUCAGAACGUUUGUGUACUUCAAGAAAUUAUUUGAAUUGAUAAAGUAAUAAAUUGAAAAUUUUUUAACAAAAUGAAAGAAACGUCGAAUUCUGUGACAGAAAACAACGAGUGUGUUCUUGGAAAUGGAGAGACAUCACCGAGUGAGGAGACUUCUGGCAAACGAAAGCUACGUUCCUGGUUGAAUCGACUGUUGAGAAUAAAAAUGACUGAUGGAAGGGUCCUUACAGGUGCGUUCUUAUGCACUGAUCGAGAUGCUAACGUUAUUCUCGGUUCAUGCGAGGAAUUUCUCUCCGAGGAUCACACAGAAGCGAGGGCACUGGGGCUCGUGAUGGUGCCAGGUCGUCACAUCGUCUCAAUUCAUCUCGAUCCCUGGUGGAUUGAAAAUGAAAAAACAUCCUAAAGAUCAAACUUUGUAAAGAAACUGUUACUGAAUGACAAGUCAUCCCUCGCUAUGUACAAAUCGUUCACUUCUAGUCCAAAUCCAACUCUUCCGGCACAUUCGCACUGUCUGAACUCCUGGACUUCUCUCUCGUUUCACCUUGAAGCAAUAGGAUACAAAAAAAUUGGAGAAACGCUUGGAAAAUAAAUAUCAUUUAUAUGCACAAUUGAAAAUAUAAUUUGGUUUUCAAGAAA